AUGAGAAUAUCAACAGUCCUCCCCGCCCUUCUUUCGGCUUCGCUAGCCGUCGCAGUUCCACUGGUGGAGCUGUCCAAGCGGCAAUUCUGCGAUUCGGGGUCGCAAGUUUGCUCCAUAUACUGCUGUCUACCCGGAGAACAGUGUGUUUACGACACCACCAACGAGACCGGCUUCAACUGUAAGCCGGUUGGUGACCCAAAUUACCAGGUUGUCACAGAGGCCGUCUUCACCUACACCGUCAAUCCAACUCCCACAUUGAUUGUUGUCAGUUUCGUUGGGGGCGGUGGGGGUGAUAUCACGACUCCUGUAGAUCCAGUUGCAACUCCAGGGAAUACCCCAGGGAAUACCCCGGGAAACACUCCUGGAAACACUCCUGGAUUUACUCCGGGGAAUACUCCUGGGAACACCCCAACCGGGUCUCUACAGCCUCCGACUCAGCCAACAGGUACCGUAAUUGUUAUCCCAGGAACCACUACUGGUUCUUUCAUUACUGCUAUUCCAACUGGUACUGGCGUUGUCCCUGUCCCCGUCCCCGUUACUGGCGGUGGAGGUGGUCUUACAGCUGGCCAGAUUGGUGGUAUCAUUGGAGGUGUAAUCGGUGGGCUAGGUCUCUUAGCUCUUCUUCUCUUGUGGUGCUGUCUAUAUGGCAUGUGUGCUGCAUUUGGUGGUCGAAGCUCCUCUUCGAGUUCUGUUGAAGAACGAAAGACAUGGAAAUCUUAUGUUCCUCUGGCCCUCGCUGGCGGAGCUGUUGCUGCUGGUCGUCAUCGUCAUAGCCACCACUCAACUACUACUAUUACAACUGAGAAGAAGGGAGGCAGUCAUGGCGUUGGAAAGACUCUUCUUGGCGGCAUCGGCGCUGCUUGGUUGUUCAACAAGUUCAACAAGGACAAGUCAAAACAUGAAUACCAUCCACCAAAGUACCAAGGUGCAGUCGCUGGACACUACAGCCAUACCGGCGCAAGUUCGUAUACUGGAGGCACUAGUUCUACCUCUACAACAAGCUACACGGAUACCAGUAGCAGCUACUUCAGCCACUCAUCGAGCAGUAGUGGGUUUGCUAGCCAUGAUUCGAGAAGUCCGCCACCGGCUAGGCCACCACCACCCAGGAGAUAUAGAUAA